UACGCGCCGCGUUUAUCUACCCAAGCCCAAAAGUUCCCCAUAGAAGCACUUUUGGUUCCGUCGAGAGGCGAAACAUGCGCAACCGCCGUUUUGCGCAGGCGCCGCCGAGCGACGACGAGGAGAGCGCUCUGCCUCCGCGGCGGAAGUCUGCAGGCGCUGAGAACCUGAACCGAAGGAAGCGUAAGGUCGUACAAUUCCCCGACGAUGACGAAGAGGAGGACGCGAAAGUGAGCGACCGCAAGAAGAAGAAGCAGAAGAAGGACGCUGAGCCUGAGCCGGAGGUGGCGAGCGAGAAUGAGGAGCAGGCGGAUGUGGAGGCGCAGCCGAUUGGAGCGGUGGUUAGGGUUACGGGGAAAGGAAGAGGAAGGAGGAGUCAUUACGAAUCGUUUGAGUACAAUGGCACUCAAUAUUUCCUUGAGGAUCCGGCGCUCUUUCAUCCUGAAGAAAAGAAUCAGAAGCCUUAUGUGGCUAUAAUUAAGGACAUUUCUCAAACCUGGCAUGGUGAAUUGAUGGUAACAGGACAGUGGUUCUAUCGCCCAGAGGAGGCAGAAAAAAGAACCGGUGGAAAUUGGCCAUUAAUUGAUACAAGAGAACUGUUCUAUAGUUUCCACAGAGAUGAAGUUCCAGCAGAAUCCAUCUUUCAUAAGUGUGUGGUUCACUUUAUACCUCUGAAUAAGCAGAUUCCAGCUCGCCAGCAACACCCUGGUUUUUUUGUGCAGAAAGUGUACGACACUGAACAGAGGAAGCUCUUUAAGCUAACAGAUAAAGAUUAUGAAGAGAGCAAACAGCAUGAGAUUGAUCUUCUUGUUCAAAAGACUCUUGCACGGCUUGGAGAUGUACCAGACCUUGUGCCUGAGGAUACUGAUGUUGAUCAUGAAGAUCAAGUAAAGAGUAAGAGACUUCUUAGACGAAAGAGCAUUUCACAUUUGGAUGUCUCCAGGGAUGAUGAAGGACUUGGUGGCAGACCCCAAUCUCUUAAACCUGGAACUCCAGUGAACGAUUCUGGUAGUUCAUCAGAACACUAUGCUAUUCUUUCAAAAUUUAAGAUGUUGACUGAGGAAACUCAGCGUGACAAGUGGUUGGAAAAGCUUCUUCAAUCUAUUCAGUACAUAUGCACUCCUGCUGGAAGUAAGCCGAAUAAUGGGGAAGACAGGCUUGGUUCAGAUGUUCGAAGUCCUGAUAAUAAUAGUGGUGGCUCUAAUAAUGGAUCGCAUGAUAAGGCUUCGAAUGAAGGUUCAUCAUUCGAGUGGCCCGAUGCAGCUGUUCCAGCCAUAGUUGCACUUGAGAAAGCCGCACACUCUGCACUCUCGGCUGAUUUUCAGAAGUAUAACCAAAAGAUGCGGCAGUUAGCUUUCAAUCUUAAGAGUAAUGCUACACUAGCACGACGCCUUCUGAAUAAGGAGCUGGAACCUUCACAAAUAUUGAAUAUGUCACCUCACGAAUUAAAGGAAGGUUUAACGGCAGAGGAAAUAGCAAGCAGGGAACCCGAGAAAUCAGGCCGCUUGCAGAUGACUGACGCUCGCUGUAAAAGAUGCAAUGAGAAACAAGUGGGUUUGAUCGAUAUCAUCCAGACUGGACACGGAGACCGCUAUCAGCUGGAGUGCGUCGCCUGCGGCAACACCUGGUAUGCGUCUAGAGACGACGCGGCGUCGUUGACAAUUGAAGGCCCGAACUCCACCAAAACUGUCGGCACUGCGCCGCUGGCCACCUCUAAGUUCGAAGAGGUGGAGAAGACUCUGACGAGCCCCGGCAGAGGCGCCACCACCACCACCACCACCGAUGUCCUCAAGAAAACUACAGAAGCAAAUGCCCCGCCCGUGGUCGAGCUCCAGAGCCAGAAGUCAUUCGACAAAAUACAGACGGACGAAAAAGAGAGGGAAAAGGAAAAACCCGCAGACGGUAAUGCUGCCCCGUAAUGUAUGGUUUCUGUUCGAAGCCGCCCGCGGUCAGCGCCGUGGCGGCGAUGGCAGGGGCAGCGGUUUUGUAUAUAUAUAUAUUUAUAUUUAUAUGAGAGAUAUGUAGUGUGUUUGGAGCUCAAACUAAUGUAAUGCAUAGUUUAGGCUUAGUUUUGAUGUUUAUACAGGUUAAGAAGAUGGUGUAUAAGUUACUUAUAUUGUCUGUAUAUGUCAAUUCCCGUUUGCCUUAUUAUA